UCCCGGGGCUCUUCGGCUCCGCCCCGUCGCCUGGUCGCUGCAGCUGGGCCGGCGGGCGCGGGUGACUUAGCUGCCAUGGCGGCCCAGGCCCUGGCGGCGCAGGCCGUGGCCUCGCGCCUGCAGCGGCAGGAGGAGGACAUCCGCUGGCUGUGCGCGGAGGUGCAGCGCCUGAGGGACGAGCAGCUGCGCGGGCCCGAGCGGGGCCAAGCCGAGGGCCCGCGCCUGACGCGCGAGGUGGCCCAGCUCCGGGCGGAGAACCGCGACCUGCGCCAGCGCCUGUCUGGCCUGCGGCUGCGCCUGGCGGAGCAGCGCGACCCCGGGGCCAGGCGGGCGGCGGCGGCGCAGGAGCCUCCUACUCAAAACCAAGAAAGGGACACCAAAAAGAAGAGACUGAGAGAGAGUGAGCCCGACAGGGAGGUGAAGCAACCGACUUUUAUAAAAGAAAGAUUGAAGCUCUUUGAAACAUUGAAGACAGAUCAUCAGCUCUUACCUGCUGCUCAGGAAAAAAAGAAUGCAAGCAGUGUGAUCACCGUGAGGGUGGCUGGCGGGAAGACAAUGCAAGGAGAAAGGUGGAGAACGACACCUUACCAAGUGGCCGCCGAGAUUAGUCGAGAAUUGGCUGAAAAUACAGUAAUUGCCAAAGUGAAUGGUGCAUUAUGGGACCUGGACCGCCCCUUGGAAGGGGAUUCCACUGUUGAGCUGCUGAUGUUUGACAACGAGGAGGCUCAGGCUGUGUACUGGCACUCCAGUGCUCACAUCCUGGGGGAGGCCAUGGAACUUUACUAUGGAGGCCACCUGUGCUACGGCCCACCCAUUGAGAAUGGAUUUUAUUACGACAUGUUCAUGGAGGACAGAGUAGUAUCCAGCACUGAGUUGUCUGCCCUGGAGAAUAUAUGUAAAACUAUCAUCAAAGAGAAGCAACCAUUUGAAAGAUUGGAAGCCAGAAAAGACUCACUCCUGGAAAUGUUUAAGUACAAUAAAUUUAAGUGCCGGAUUCUGAAGGAGAAAGUCGACACCCCAACGACCACUGUUUACAGGUGUGGUCCACUAAUCGACCUUUGUAAAGGCCCCCAUGUAAGACACACUGGAAAAAUUAAAGCCAUAAAAAUUUUCAAGAAUUCCUCAACAUAUUGGGAAGGCAAUCCUGAAAUGGAAACAUUGCAGAGGGUCUAUGGAAUAUCCUUUCCUGAUAGCAAAAUGAUGAAAGGCUGGGAGAAGUUCCAAGAGGAGGCCAAGAGCCGGGACCACAGGAAAAUCGGGAAGGAACAAGAGCUUUUCUUCUUCCAUGACCUGAGCCCUGGAAGCUGCUUCUUUCUCCCCAGAGGAGCCUUCAUUUAUAAUACACUUACAGAGUUCAUACGAGAGGAGUAUCACAAGCGUAACUUCACAGAAGUGCUCUCUCCUAACAUGUACAACAGUAAACUCUGGGAAACCUCAGGCCAUUGGCAGCAUUACAGUAACAACAUGUUCACCUUUGAUAUUGAAAAGGACACUUUUGCCCUCAAACCCAUGAACUGUCCGGGGCACUGUCUAAUGUUUGCGCAUCGCCCACGAUCCUGGAGAGAAAUGCCUGUUCGAUUUGCUGAUUUUGGAGUUCUUCAUAGAAAUGAAUUGUCAGGAACUCUAAGUGGCUUAACCCGAGUCAGGCGCUUCCAGCAGGAUGAUGCUCACAUCUUCUGCAUGGUGGAGCAGAUUGAAGAAGAAAUAAAGGGGUGCUUGCACUUUUUGCAGUCUGUUUACUCAACGUUUGGCUUCUCCUUUCAAUUAAACCUGUCAACACGGCCUGAGCACUUCCUAGGAGAGACUGAGAUGUGGGAUGAAGCUGAAAGGCAACUACAGAAUAGCUUGAUGGAAUUUGGAAAACCAUGGAAAAUGAACCCAGGAGAUGGAGCAUUCUAUGGCCCUAAAAUUGAUAUACAAAUUAAAGAUGCUAUUGGCAGAUACCAUCAGUGUGCUACAAUUCAGCUGGACUUCCAACUGCCGAUUAGGUUUAAUCUCACAUAUGUUAGUAAGGAUGGGGAUGACAAGAAUAGGCCUGUGAUCAUUCACCGUGCCAUACUGGGAUCUGUGGAGAGGAUGAUAGCCAUUCUCUCGGAGAGCUACGGGGGAAAGUGGCCUCUCUGGCUGUCUCCUCGCCAGGUAAUGGUCAUCCCUGUAGGUCCAACUUGUGAAGAUUAUGCACUUCAGGUGUCCAAGGAAUGCUUUGAAGAAGGCUUUAUGGCCGAUGUGGACUUAGAUGACAGUUGUACACUGAAUAAGAAAAUCCGGAAUGCACAGCUGGCUCAGUAUAAUUUUAUUUUGGUGGUUGGUGAAAAGGAAAAGAUAAAUAAUGCAGUCAAUGUUCGAACAAGAGACAACAAAAUUCAUGGAGAAAUUUCAAUAGCUUCUGUCAUUGAAAAAUUGAAGAACCUGAAAAAAUCACGCACUCUAAACGCUGAGGAAGACUUCUGAAGCCUGUUCCUUGUGCGUCUACAUUUUCCUAACUACUUACAAUAUUAGUACUUCUAAGAACCUUGGGGCCACCGGUAGGCCUUGAAUGAGUUCACCUAGAAGUAAAAUGAUUGAUAUAUUCAAAUUUUUAAUUCAUUGUGUUCUGAGACUAAAUAGGAGAAGCUGGAGAAAUUCACAAGACUCAAGACUUCAGAGAACUCACUGGCAAAUGGUAUUCAUUCGAAGAGGGAAACACUAGUGAGAAUUAUCAAAAAUUAUGCUGUGUUCUUUUUCAAAAGACAUGCUUCCAGCUUGGGGGGCUAUAGGUUUGUGACUAGAGCAUCUGCCUGGCAUGUAUGAGGCCCUGGACCCCAUCCCCAGCCGCGACCACCUCUCAACCAACAACAAAAAUAUGCUUUAAAUAAAAGCCCACGGUCCCUUUUGAACAUGGGGUUGGGGAUCUUAUUUUCUAAUAUACAUGUCUCAGGUAUUUUUAUGGCUGUUUUACUAAAGUCCACACUGAAAUUUCACUUCCAAAUUUGGAAUUGUUACAUCGUUUAGCCAGCAAUGAUAAGAGAUGUACUAAUAUUGUGUUAGUGGCAAUGGACUAUGAACCUCAAUUUUAUGUUAGAGACAGAUUCCUUUCUGCAUCUAAUUUGAAGAAAUUUUGUGGAAACUGUUAUUUGCAUUGUAGGUUAAGAGUUGCAGUUUUAAUGCUUCUAAAUCAUAAUUCCUUAUUUAUCAUUAGAAAAAAUAAAGUCCCAAAUAAAAUGCA